CUACUGAAUUGGAAACGGAUCAUAUAAGACACCAACCAACACAACGUCGAAAUUGUACUCAUUUUUCAAUAAUUGAGCUCCUGGCGUGCAUUUUGUUGCAGCGACGGGUGGAAAACAGGCUGCGCGUGACUAGUAUUGGUUAGCUCUCUACACAGCGUUUUUGAGGCAUCUUUUUUGAGCAGCGACAAAUCAAACAGGUAGGCAGGCAGGCAGACCACGACCGUCCAGGGUACAGGCAAUAUGGAUAGCUUGAUGGCUGGCAACGUUACCAACAAGACUGACCCUCGCUCCCUCAACUCCCGGGUCUUCAUCGGGAACCUCAACACUCUCCUGGUCACCAAGGCAGACGUGGAGGCCAUCUUCAGCAAGUACGGCAAGAUAGUGGGCUGCUCCGUGCACAAGGGGUUCGCCUUUGUCCAGUAUGCCAAUGAGAGGAAUGCCCGGGCCGCCGUAGGGGGCGAGGAUGGGAGGAUGAUCGUAGGACAGGUGCUGGACAUUAACCUUGCUUGCGAACCGAAGCAUCAGAGAUUGAAGACUGUGAAGCGCUCUGCGGGAGAUAUGUACAGUUCUUCAUUUGAUUUGGAAUAUGACUUCCAGAGAGAUUACUAUGACCGUUGUAGGAUGUACCCGUACCAGUCCCGCGUGCCCCCUCCACCUCCUCCCCCCCUGUCCCGGGCGGUGAUCCCCUCCAAGCGGCCCCGGGUCAGUUUGAGUGGAGGCGGUGGAGGAAGAGGAGGUGGAGGAGCAGGGGGCAGCCGACGCACCAAGACCAACUUCUCAUCCUCCAGGAGCAGCCAGAGCAGGGUGUCCACCUCACGCACCAUGAAGGCAGAUGACCUGCAGACCAUCAAGAGAGAGCUGACCCAGAUCAAACACAAGGUGGACUACCUGCUGGAGAGUCUGGAACGCAUGGAGAAGGACCACACCAAGAAGUUAGACAUGAAGAGUAGUGGGAAGCCGGAACUCGGGGAGGUGUCUCCUCUCCACUGUGGAGGAAAGAAGGAGGAGAGCUUGAAGAGAGAGAGGGAGAGCCAACUGCUCAAUGACUCUGAAGAGGAGGAGGGAGACCUACUGGAGGAGGAGGAGGAGGUGAAGAGUCGAGGAAGGGAAGAUGAUGAUGAAGAGGAGGAAGGUGAGGAUGAUGGAGAUAGCGCCAACGGAGACGACUCUUAAACACCGCAAGAUUGUCUGUUCGCACACAUACAUACAGGCACACACACACACGCACACUCACACUCCCUGACAUACACAAAAGGAAAUGUGUAUAAUUACAUAGCAACACACAUGCAGUACAUGGACAGCUGUUCCUACUGAACUCACUAUUCAUAUGGACAUUUCCACUAUACCAUUCUGAACGUGUGCUCGCCUACACAUUCAGUAACACUCUACCAGUUAUGUCAAGCAAAUAUCUGUCCCUUUUCUUCUCUUUGGCUUUCCCUCCGAUGUAUUAGUUUGUAGCCUCAUACGGCCAUCCUGAUCUCUCCAUUUACAUUGUUUGUGAAUUGAAAUGAAAUGAGAGCGAGCGCAGCAGUCAGGUUGGUGGACCAGGCUAAUUAUUUGGCCCCGGAUCAAAGAUUUUCUUUAUGUAUACCGUAUGUAUCUUGAAAAAAAUAGUUUUAUUCUAGUUGUACUAGUCCAGAUACAGUGGAUCUCAAACCUCUCCUCAGAGACCCCCAGUCGUUCCAUGUUUUUGAUCUAUUCCACAGCUAGCACACCUGAUCAACUAAUCAUCAUGUUCUUGACUAGGACAAUCAGACGAGUUAGUUCAGGGCUCCACAACAUUGUGAAACAUCUGGGGGUCCCGAGAGGUUUUAAAACCACUGGACUGGAGGAUCUUGGCACCUGCUGCGUCCACCAGCAGGUGGCACUGUGCAAUGACAUUUUUACACACCUAGGCUACCGUGAAAUGUGGUGCUGGAGUUGGAAGAUUUUACAAUGACCAUAUUAUAAAAAUCGUAAACAAUGAAACAGAAAUGUAUAGGAAGAUUUCAUGCCAGGAUUGUCUAAUGUAUGCCGUUUUCUUUGCCCUGAAUGAUUUUUGCUUGUUUCUUUUUUAGCUUACUUAUUUGUGUCAGGAAAUACACUUUGACUUAGUAUAACCUUGAGUUCUGUAAUGGAUGUUAUCCAUGUUGGUGUGUUUGUCUCGGUUGCCGUGUGAUUUCAGUUGACCAUUACUUUGACUCUGCUUUGUGAAUUAAAAACUUCCAAGUGGAAAUGCUCCAGG